CUUCUGACUGCGAUUGGAUUUGGUCGUGUUUUUUUGUUGUUCUUCAGAACGUCGGUUUGCGUAAGUAGUCGCGAAGUCGUUUCGUGUUUUCGAACGAAUUGUUCAGCUGUUUUACUUCUCGAUAAAUUAUUGUCACCGGGGGGCGACAGGAACAGGACCGAACUUUGUUCACGUCUCAACCGUCUCGAAGGGAGUCGUUAAGUGUUAGUGAAAUUUUAGCCAUUGACCCUCGCGGCCUAAAUGUCCCGAAGCCGAGAAAGGGAGCAGUAGCGAAGUGUUCAAGUGGAUUGCAUAUUAGCGGAAAAUGAAAAUAAGGAAAACCAUCACCGGUGCCAGUUGUGCCGAACAGCAUUCGGUUGGCCGGGAGCAAUAUUACAGGGAAUAAAUCAAGCUCAGUGCAACUGUACCACGGCAUGCACAGCUCAGACGGUGAUUAUUGGAUUAACGGUGAUUUGUUUUGAUUCGAAGAUCUGGUUCGCUUCUGUUUCAAUACCAGAGGAGCCGGAAGGAUAUCCUGAGGGGCAUAUUUUUUUUCAUUUCAACCGUGCAGUGAGUGUUUUUGCACCGAAGAAGUUCGAGAGCUAGCACCCGGUGAUUAAGGAUAGCCAGUUUGUUUGUGGUGACGAACGCAGGGUAAAGUGAAACAAAAUCGGGAUCCGGUGCCCCGGACCACCAAACGCGCGCGCCGGGAAGAGUGUGAAACAGUGAGUGUACGGUUACAGCGACCGGUGUCUCAGAGUGGGAGGAGGAAAUUUCUGCUGUAAUUCGAUAAUUGCUGAUCGGAUUAUUUCAGCCGCUAACCUCGGGGAGAAGUGUGAGUGGAAAAUACAAAAAAUAAAUAUUGGAACAAUGUGGAGUGGUGAAGUGUUCGAAAUAUGAAAUAUUACACUGCCAAGUGUUACUCGAGGCAGGAUAAAGUGAGCAACAGAGAUAAAGCAAUUGUGAUCCUGAAAGUGUAUCGUCGGAGUGGAGCGGAUUUUUUCGUGUUUACAAGAGCAACCAACAUCAAUUAAGUGACGCUUAACGUGAAAAUCUGUCCGGACCACAAAUCAUCGGAAAAGUUGGUUAACUUUGUACAUAAAUCGACUUUCUCGGCACAACUGACAACCCAACAACACGAAGCCACAGCUGGAGGAGGCAAAAUUGCUCACCUAAUUGAAAGUAACAAUCGCUGUUCCUGGCGCAACUCAUCAAUUCCAUUCGGUACAAUUAUAUACCCCCUUACCGUACGUGCAUCGAUUUCGAUUCCGUGCAGCGACAACACCCUCGAAUUAGAGAACCAAGCUCAGUAACCGGCAAAAUUUAGCAACCUCCACCUGGUUUCGGUGCAAGAACCCAACCAGCGAUCAAUCGUGUGCCAAAUUGUGGGCACUUUAAUUAUUGCACUGACUGGGCAUUUACCACCGGUAUAGCUUACGAAUCGUCGUGGCGCUGACGACUGUAGUGAAUAGUGAAUUUCACAUGCUAUUGCUAUCGGUGUGAUCGUGAGCACGUUCCUAUACCGGGUACAGCCCGGUAAUUGCUUGCGAGUUCGCCGGAGAGCAAUCAGCGUUGAUCCCGUUCUGGUUCUGCAACUGCCGGCGUGCGGGUGUGAAUGGGAUUUUCAGCCAGUGAACGCAGUCAAAGAGCAACGUGCUGGUUGUGCAGUUAAACGGCGAUUUAAUUAACGAACAAACUACCGCCGGGAUUGGAUUGGAAAACCGUACGCAGUUGGAAGCAAAAUGGAUCCAUCCUUGACGAGGAGCUCCCUCAGCAGAAGCACCGAUGCACGAAGCAAAUCAACCUUCGCCAUCCUUCUGCUACUGUUGCUAACGGUCGCCUGUGUGCAGUUCACCGACAGCCAGGCCCUUAAACGAUGCCCGUCGGAUUGUGAAUGUAGCCUUGAUCAGAGAGGGCUUUACCAGACGAGCUGCUCCAAAGUUGAAUGGAAAGCGAUUCCAGUGCCGGACAUCGACCGGGAAGUGGAAGUAAUUCUUAUUCGGGGUUCGAAAAACUCGCUCACCAUCGGACCAAUCUUCCAGACCUUCUCCAAGCUGGAAGUGCUGAAAAUCACCAACGCAAACGUGCCGGCCAUCGGCAUGAACUCCUUCUGGGGUCUGGUCAAACUGCGCACGCUGGACCUCUCCCGGAACAACAUCACCCAGAUUAUCGUCGACAACUUCCGCGGUCAGGACAACCUGCUGGAACUGGAUCUGUCAAAGAAUCGGAUGGAACGGAUUGCCAGCGGGACGUUCGGCCAUUUGAAGAGCCUAAAAUCAAUGAACCUGGCGGACAACUCGAUAGACGAACUGAACGCGCGAUUAUUUCUGCACUUGGCCAAACUCAAGUAUCUGGAUCUGAGCCGUAAUCCCAUCGAGGAUUUGCCGCCGGAGGUUUUCAAGGACGUACAGGAAUUGAAAGUGCUGAAAGUUAGAGGCUGCCAUCUGCUGAACGUGAACCCGCAGGUGUACAAUAUGCUGACACAUCUCUCCGAGCUGGAUUUGGGCCAAAAUCAGUUCACCUACUUUGUGCGCACGGAAUUCAAGGACCUGAAGCGACUGCGGGUGCUUCGGCUCGAUGGCAAUCAGCUGUCAGUCGUCGUCGACAAACUGUUCGAGUAUCAGAAGGGACUCAACUUUCUAGAUCUCUCCUUUAAUCGAUUAGCAAAAAUAUCGGAGAAAGCAUUCGAGAAUCUAUCGAACCUUACACAGCUGGACGUAUCGUACAAUAAAUUAUCGCGCAUUGAACCAGAUUGUCUGGAGCCAUUAGCAAAGUUGCAAACAUUCAACAUCAGCGGCAAUCUGCAGCUGGACCUGAUGGAAGUGAAUCCAACCUUUCAGAUGAUCCCGAAUGUCUCCACUCUGGCGGUUGCCGACAUGGGCCCGUUGCCGAUGAAGUUGUUUGGACCAUUCAAACAGCUGCGGGCUCUUAAUCUUUCCGGAAAUCACAUCGACAACAUCACGCUGCAGAUCAUUCAACCGUUGGCGCAUUUACAGCUGUUGGACCUUUCUCGCAAUCAACUGUCCGGAAUUGAGGACCGCUACGCCCCCCAAUUGGCCCGGAUCGGUGACGUACGGAUGGACAAUAAUCCCCUCAUAUGUGACCGUUGUCAUAUGGGUGCCAUCAUCGAUAUGGCCAACGAGCUGCCGUGGAGGGAGAAACCGGAAUGCUUUCUGCCGGAGCGCCUGCGAGGUAUACCGAUUGAUGACCUGGAACAUUUUGCCAUCGAGGAUUGCAUGGAGGUGAUUGUAGACGAGGACCAUGAUGCCGCAAGCACAUCGCACAACUUUUUGGAGCAAGCUGGGAGUGCCAGUGUGCUCGCGUUCUGCGGUUUGCUUCUGUUCGUCGUCCUGGCCAUCAUUGUAGUUUCGACAGCGAUCUGCCUCUCGAGACAUCGGGCAAGAUACUACACACACGAGGAGAAAAGAGAUUCCACCCUCGAAAAGAAUGGCACCGAGACGUCACUGCUGACCGCAGGCAGUGAAAUCAACUUCAAGUUUCCGUACACUGACCGGGUUUGCACGAUCGAUGAAAUGUGCAUCCCUCCUCCACCACCGCCACCCGGCAAACUGACCGCCAACGUCAUCGAACGGUUCGAUUAACGAACGGAGCACGGUGUUGGCAAACCUGGUUGUGAUGGUCCCAGUACUUCCGGACCAGCAGCGACCGCCAUCACAACGGUUGCCAUCAUCGGUGACGAUUCUUCAUCCACGUCGAUAGUGGGCAUUGGCACCCCAUCCAGUGCCAUUACUAUCAGCAGCAGCAUGGGCGGCAGCAGCAGCAGUACUUCCGGAGGCGGGACCGUUCCUCUCCGUGGUAUUUUAAGAAACAACAAAAAGAAGGACGUAUUCUAGGAAUGCGACCCUCGCGCACCACUUGACGACUAAGAGUCGACAGACAGAAGAAGUAAUCAGUAGUAUUGUGUACAUAGAUGGUCUGUAAGUUUGUAUUUAUUGUAAGAAUCCCACCCCACUUCUCGUUAUUGGAAAGAGUGGGUGUGAGUCUGUGAGCGUGAUUGCGUGAGUGCCUCGUCGACUAAACUUGAGUAAUUGUAAUUAGCUAUUAAUGGUUGUUCUGCCCACGCACGAGGAAGGCGGAUGACAAACGAUUUCUUAAGUGAGACAAUUUGUAAAUAGAUGUACGUACAAGUAAUAGGGAGAAGUACCCCCUCUUUAUUUCCGCCACUUCUCGUAACACUCCCACUUUUCGCUCACUUUUCUCAAGGCAAAUAACGGUUUUAGUAGGAGAGCUCCCCAGCUCUCACAAAACUCCGAUUGUGGUGUUUUAGUCGAUAGUCUAAUGUUCAAAGAUAGAAGCGAAAAGGAAAAAGGAAGCUCCCUGUUGUCGGGUGCUAGAGCAUAAGGGAAUUGUUGGUUGGGUUCGCACAAGAUUAAUGAGUAGAGGCCCCCUCCCUCCAGUCAGGAUACAAUCUCAGCCACUACCCUAUGUAAGCGAAGAAGUGUGGCGAAGGAGGAUUUCAUACAAAGCGGGCUUUAUAUAUGCAUAAAUUGUGUGAGUAUCAAGAUAGCGCAGAGAUAGGUUCGAUAUCAGAGUAACGAAUUGUUAAGCUUAAGGUUGCCCGUUCAUUCAGUACUUUUGAUGAUAUCAAUAAAGAAGAUUUUUGUAAGAAA